AUGCAAUAUAACCUCUACGACCCGGAUAGCCGCGUCGGCAAGGCGAUCAGCCAGUUCAAACAGGACACUAAGUAUGCCACCAAGCUGAACGCUCUGGUCGGAUCUUCGAAUUACCUCUCCUGGCAUGCGAAUAUGAAGGCCAAGCUAAUUGACGCUCAAUGCUGGGUUAUAUUGGAGGACAAGCAAGUCAAAAGCCCUGAUGAGGACCCCGAAUGGGCUCCUUUUUGGGAGGCCAAAAAUCGCUGGCUUUACGCAUUCAUUUCGAACGCAUUGGCAGCCAGCAUUAGGCCCCGUUUUAAUAAGUAUGAUGAGGGCAGGAUUGCUUAUUCCCUUUGGCGCGUGGUUGAGGAGGAGUUCUCCAUCCCAAGAACACAGCUCUGCAGGGAAGCAGUCCUGGCAUUUACAUCAAUGGGUGGUGUCCAAGUCACUGACGUACACACGUUUUUCGAUAAGUUCAAUGACAUUAUUAUGAAAUUGGAAAUACUCAAUAUUUUACUGCCAAAUGACGUGGUAUUCCACGUGUUCUAUUCUGCACUUCCCAAUAUAUGGCGAAACUACGUGCAAAAGAAAAUCGAGGAGGUACAAGAGUCCAAAUUGAAGUCUGUCGUGUUGGACGCCGCCCAGGCGGCUAAUUCUUCGGCCAACGUGGCUCAGGCUGAAAACGCGGCUGCGGGUUCCAAUAAUAGCAGCAACGUCCAAAAUAAUUCGGUCCGUGGGGGCCGACCCAGGGGACGCGGAGGCUAUCAAAUGGGCGGACAUUCAAAUUCUGACCUCCCAAUCUGCCCGGAAUGCGAGCAUCGUCAUGGCGGGCUCUGCUGGGCAGCCAAUCCAGAUAGUGCCCCUGAAGAAUGGAGGACCACCAACACAGUGAGAAUAGGGAAAUAUAAUAAUAAGAAGAGUAGUGAGGGCAAAAAGACCUCAUCAACUGCAAAUGGCAGCUCUGAGAUGUUUCAAAUGAUGAAUCUAGUGCAGGUCAUUGAGGUUAGUGGCCCUAUGAUUCAAGUGGCCAAUAAGGCUACUUUGAAGGUUCAAGGGAUCAGAGUCACCUCCAUCCCAGUCAGGGAAAGAUUAAUUGAAUUUGACCAUGUCUAUUUGAUGCCAGGCUUAUCUGCCAACCUCAUAUCCACUGGCCUAUUGAAGUGCCAGGGCUAUAUUCACCAUGAUCUGCAGAUGGACAUCAGAAAUUACUUUGAGAUAAUAGCAUCUACAGAAAAUGACAUCUUCUACAUGAAUUUAAAUUCCAAUAAUAUAUAUGUUCUAUCUGACACCCUCUCUAUGUUUGGGGGUAUUAUGAACAAUCUGGAGCUUGGACCACUGGCAUACUUGAUGAUUCUGAAGCCCAGGGUGAUUUCAACAGAUUAUGAUCUGAACACUGCAUCACUGGGUCUUUUCAACUGUGAUGAUGUGGAGCAGCUAAUUAAUCUGAAGGAUCUGGAUAUCAAUAUCUUCAUUUUGUCCCCACCAAUCUGA